GCCCUGCCGCUCGGUUGUGCUCUCGGUUGAAUAUUCGUUUGAUGUAACUCCAGAUUCAACGUUGUUUCGCGCGUUUUACGUAAAGUUCUGCUGCAUACGGUACUUUUGUAGUUUGCUGCCCGUCGCUUAGCCGGCAAAACAAACGCCGAAAAAAGCCUAAAAAAAAGUGUUAAAAAAGUGCAAAUAAAGAGUAAUUGCAAUUGAAAUUGAAAUUUAAAAAUUGAAAUGAAAAAUAGUUCUGUCACAUAUUUCUGCUAUGCAAAAUGCUAAAUAGCCGCCGCGUGUUUUCGUGCGUGUUUUAAAUAUUUUAUUUUCAACGCCCUCCUCUCGCCCUCGCCAUUGUGCUUGUGUUUGUGUGUGUGUUUUUGUCAAAAUGUCUGAGCUUUAAGAAUCCCACAAAGCGUUGAAAAUUUACUUAAGAAAUCCACGAGCCAAAAACGCGCCAACCAAAAAAAAAAGUAUUCGGUUCUGAAAAAUGUACGAAAGUCGAAAAAUGCUGCUGCUGCCGCUUCUGCUGCUGCUGCUGCCCGCGCUGCUUCAGACCGCCCAGCGCUACGACCAGACCCCGUUGGACGCCAGCUCGUAUUAUCGCUCCGACUUGACCGGCAGCUCGGCCAGCUCUCUGGACGGCUUUCCACAUCACAAUCGCUGCGAGCCCAUCACCAUUUCCAUAUGCAAGAAUAUACCCUAUAAUAUGACGAUUAUGCCCAAUCUGAUUGGCCACACCAAGCAGGAGGAGGCGGGCCUGGAGGUGCAUCAGUUUGCGCCGCUGGUGAAAAUCGGCUGCAGCGCCGAUCUACAGUUAUUUCUCUGCUCCCUCUACGUGCCCGUCUGCACCAUACUGGAGCGCCCCAUUCCCCCCUGCCGCUCGCUCUGCGAAUCCGCACGCGUCUGCGAGACCCUCAUGAAAACAUACAACUUCAAUUGGCCCGAGAAUCUCGAGUGCUCCAAGUUUCCCGUACACGGCGGCGAGGAUCUCUGUGUCGCCGAAAACACCACCUCCUCCUCCUCGACUCCCGCGCCCACGCGAAGCGCGCCCAAAGUGACCACUCGCAAGCAUCAGAUCAGCGUGGACAGCCCCCAUCGGAACAUAGGAUUCGUGUGCCCAGUGCAGCUUAAGACGCCUCUGGGCAUGGGCUAUGAACUAAAAGUUGGCGGAAAGGAUCUGCAUGAUUGUGGCGCACCAUGUCACGCCAUGUUCUUUCCGGAACGGGAACGAACGGUGCUCCGCUAUUGGGUCGGCUCCUGGGCGGCUAUCUGUGUGGCCAGUUGUCUCUUUACGGUGCUCACCUUUCUGAUAGACUCGUCGCGAUUUCGUUAUCCGGAGCGUGCGAUUGUCUUUCUGGCCGUUUGCUAUCUGGUCGUCGGCUGUGCCUAUGUGGCCGGACUUGGUGCGGGCGAUUCGGUGUCGUGCCGUGAACCAUUUCCGCCGCCAGUGAAGCUGGGACGCCUGCAGAUGAUGUCCACCAUAACGCAGGGUCAUCGUCAGACCACCGCCUGCACCGUAUUAUUCAUGGCAUUGUAUUUCUGUUGUAUGGCCGCCUUUGCGUGGUGGUCGUGUUUGGCUUUUGCGUGGUUCCUGGCCGCUGGACUCAAAUGGGGCCACGAGGCAAUUGAAAAUAAAUCUCAUUUAUUCCAUUUGGUUGCCUGGGCGGUGCCCGCACUCCAAACGAUAUCCGUUUUGGCACUGGCUAAAGUUGAAGGUGACAUCCUCUCGGGCGUGUGCUUUGUGGGCCAGCUGGACACGCAUUCGCUGGGCGGCUUUCUCAUAUUGCCGCUGUGCAUUUAUCUCUCGAUCGGCGCUCUCUUUCUGCUGGCCGGUUUCAUCUCGCUCUUUCGCAUACGCACCGUGAUGAAGACGGAUGGCAAGCGUACGGAUAAGCUGGAGCGCCUGAUGCUGCGCAUCGGCUUCUUCUCGGGCCUGUUCAUACUGCCCGCCCUGGGGCUGCUGGGCUGCCUGUUCUACGAGUACUACAACUUUGACGAGUGGAUGAUUCAGUGGCAUCGCGACAUAUGCAAGCCAUUCUCCAUACCCUGUCCGGCUGCCCGGCCGCCGGGCACGCCAGAGGCGCGUCCGAUAUUCCAGAUCUAUAUGGUCAAGUAUCUGUGCUCCAUGCUGGUGGGCGUGACGUCCAGCGUGUGGCUGUACUCCAGCAAGACCAUGGUCAGCUGGCGAAACUUUGUGGAACGGCUCCAGGGCAAGGAGCCGCGCACACGGGCCCAAGCGUAUGUCUAGUAUGAGACGGCGGCGGCGGGGGCUGACAUAGCGGCUAACGAGAGUUACUUAGCGUUUAGCACGUAAAUACUAGAGUCCACCCUGCCACAAGCGAGCCACCCUGAACAUAAGAGCGCAGAUGUAGUCGUAGCUUAGCCUCAUGCAGAUUUGUAUAAAGUUCAUCUCUACCCCGCACGCGCACCCGCACCCGCCCCUGCACCUGCACCCCCGCAAGCAAAUCAAAAGUUGACCCUAAACUAUUGUUUAAUAUUUUAGCUAUACAUACAUAUAUAUAGAUAUGAAAGCUGAGGGAUUGCGCAACUAGUGGCUUUCCUGUUGAACCAAAACUAUGCGAAUAAGUUGAACAUUUUAAUUGGUAAGUGUAUCUUUAGUAUGUCUUACUUCCUAGUACUCAAGUAUCCUAGUUAUUAUUGACUCAUCCACUUCCAUUUCUCACGCUUCCGUUUCCUUUGCUGCAAAUGGUAUACGAAUUUUACAAGAGUUUCCUCCAUUCAUUAGCUUGACUCCUUUCCACAGACGCAUUCAAUUCGAAUAAGUUUGCAUUUAAGUAGGUUUUUGAUCAAUUUUAUUUGUGAAAGCUUUAAAUGUGCCCUACAGUUAAUUAAGCAUACAUAUACACAUACGUAUAAGCACGUAUAUAUGUGUGUCUAAGCUCUUUUAGAAUAUUUAAGAACUGGUGUGAGAUUUGGCAGCCUCGCUGAGAACAUUUCUUUAGGCAACAGUUGGUCACAAUUUCCAUAGAAAUCAAUUAGAAGAUUCUUCACAUUAAGUUCACAUUUAUUUAUUUAUGACACCCGCAAGCGACAUUUCCAAGCCAGAUUCUAUCCCAACUGUAGCCAAAUUUCACAUCCGAAAUAUGUUAAGAACAUGUUCGUAAAAAAAUAAAAGUAAAAUUUGAAAAGAAAAAAAAACAGCAAAAAACGUAAAAAUUAAAAAAAAACACGCUUAAAACUUAAUUUAAAGCUAAAUGUAAAAUAUAAAAAAAAUGCUGCAUAUAGAAAUACACACAAAAAAAAUAUUAAUCAUUCAUAUGUGUGAAAAAGGAAACUACUUACUAUAUAUAUUAAUAUAUAUAACUGUAUUAUGUAGCAAUAAAUGUCCUCCAUGUGCUAAACUCUUAGCGUAACCCUUAAUUGUAUAUUAAUGUAAUGAUUUGUUAAACUAAUUAAUAUUUAAAGCCAAACGCGUUUUUUUUUAUUAAAUUUUUAAUGACGUUGUAGUCAUAACACUUAAGAGCUCACCCAACUGGCCCCUAAAAAUAUUGCAAAACUAAUUAAUUGACUAAGAAAGCGAUUAAAUAACGAACUACAAAUUGAAAAACUGCCAUUUAAAUAUGUAUUUGUUAACGCGGGUAUCCCCCAAUUAGCCACUGUUGAGCAUUUGUUUUAUUGCGCAUUUAAUUAACUAUUGUACAAUUUCAGUACUAAUUUUGGUAAUUAGAGUCCAAAUAUUCAAGUAGCAUUUAAGUGAACAAUUGAAGCGUAAGAUGCAAAUGCAAUUUAUUCAAUUAUGAAAGUCGCUGUAAAAUAGAAAACAAAAAAACUACGUGCAUAAAAUAUAAACCGAACAAACAAUUAUAAA